UCUCUCUCUCUCUCUCUCUCUCUCUCUCUUCUUCUUCUUCUUCUUCUUCUUCUUCUUACUCUCAUCAACUAUUCGACUCAUUCAACUCGCUCGGUUCGCCGCCAUCCAUGGUGUCCAAACCUACCGAUUCUUCUCUCCUACUUCAUCAAGCAUUACAUGAAGAGCCAGUAAAUGAUGUUGUUGGAACCUUGACAAACAAGAUAAAUCAGCUGAAAAAGCAAAUCCAGGCAGAGAGAAUUGAAUUCAUUAGUGAAAAACUUCAGAGGAACAAGAAGAAGCUACAAUGUCAUACUUCAGGAAUAAUGUCAGAAGUAUCAACCAGAGACUCUUCACAUGCAGAGGAAAAUCGGACAUGUUCAAUUCUUUCUUCAAGAAUGGACCAUCCUUUAUGUAAAUUCAAUGGUUUUACCCAGGGUUCAGUAGACAAAAACCACAGCAAUCAAGACAUGUCAUCUGCUACAAGCAUCAAGAUUCCUCGUGUUGAAAGAUUGCCACCAUAUACAUCUUGGAUAUUUUUGGACAGGAAUCAGAGAAUGGCCGACGAUCAGUCAGUUGUUGGAAGAAGACGGAUCUAUUAUGAUCAACGUGGAAGUGAAGCAUUGAUAUGUAGUGACAGUGAAGAAGAAUUAACAGAACCUGAGGGAGAAAAACAUGAAUUCUGUGAGGCUGAAGACCGUAUUUUAUGGAUGGCAUUUGAGGAACAUGGGUUAAAUGAGGAGGUAUUGAAUGUUGUUAGCAAGUAUGUUGAGGGCACCAAUGUAGAAAUCCAGGAUAGGUACAAAAGCAUCAGGGAAAAUAAUAUUGGUAGGUUGGACCAGCAGCAUUCAAAAAGCUCAGGAGAGCAUGAAUCUCCUAUGAGCAUGAAUCUAGAGAAAAACCUGAGGGAUGCAUUAGAUUCUCUUGAUAACCUUUUCUGUCGCCGGUGCCUGAUUUUUGACUGUCGACUGCAUGGCUGUUCUCAACCUUUGAUAUAUCCCAGUGAAAGGAAGACAGUUUGGUCUGAGCCUGAAGGUGAUAGAAAACCAUGUGGUGAUCAGUGUUACCUUCAGUUAAAGGUUGUCAAAAGUUUGUCAAAAGAUUCAACUCCCGGGUCUUUUCAGGAUAAGAAAACUACAAUUGUAGAGGAGACAAAUGGGAUAUUGGCACCAUCCAGCUCAGAAGAACCUGGUAAUCAUAUUACUACACUUCCAACAAGAGUUGAUUAUCAUGGAUAUCUCAAUUUAAAUGACCCUGUCUCAGAUAAUUUGGGGAAACGGAAGGCCACAAAUCAGUCAGACACAGCACAAUGUGACUCGAGAUAUCCUCCUGAUUCUCAGAAUUCUUGUAAAAAGCUGAAGAGAAUCUCAGAUGUAGUUACUGUAAUUAGUGAUAAUAGCAAGAACCUAAAUUUGGGUGCAUGUGAUGAAAAUACACAUAUAAAUACUUGUGAAAUUUUAGACAAAUCUGUUGAACGUACUUCGAAUAAACCAAUAGCUCCUUCUAGCACUUGCCAUAAUGAGAAUGACAAAGGUGUUGUGGAUGGAUCAAAAGCUGUCACAAAUGAGACAGAACUUAAAAAUUCGUCGAGUUCAGUGGAAGAACAAAUUGAUGGAAUGCUUGGUUUCUCAUAUUGGAAACCUCUAGAGAAAGAGUUAUACUUGAAGGGAGUGGAAAUGUUUGGCAGAAACAGUUGCCUCAUAGCUAGGAACUUACUUUCUGGUUUGAAGACUUGCAUGGAAAUAUCUAGUUACAUGCACGAUGGAGGAGUGUCAAUGCCCUACAGGUCUAUUAUUGCAGCUAGUUCAAUCAUGAAUGACAGCGGAAAAAUUGACACAGAGUGCACAGACCAAGAGAUGCCAUCUAGGUCACGGUUGCUGAGAAAAAGAGGCAAAACAAGGAAGUUUAAAUAUUCUUGGAAGUCUGCUGGUCACCCAACAAUAUGGAAAAGAAUUGCUGAUGGGAAAAACCAAUCUUGCAAGCAGUAUACUCCAUGUGGCUGUCAAUCAAUGUGUGGAAAGGAAUGUUCUUGUCUUAGCAAUGGAACAUGCUGUGAAAAGUAUUGUGGUUGUUCAAAAAGCUGCAAAAACCGGUUCCGAGGAUGCCAUUGUGCCAAGAGUCAAUGCAGAAGUCGACAAUGUCCAUGCUUUGCUGCUGGACGUGAAUGUGAUCCAGAUGUCUGUCGAAACUGUUGGGUUAGCUGUGGGGAUGGUACAUUGGGGGAGCCACCACGUCGUGGACAAAGUCAAUGCGGAAAUAUGAGACUUCUUUUAAGGCAACAACAAAGGAUUAUCUUGGGGAGGUCUGAUGUUGCAGGAUGGGGAGCCUUCUUAAAGAAUCCUGUUAACAAAAAUGACUACCUAGGAGAGUACACGGGUGAGCUGAUCUCACACAGAGAAGCUGAUAAGCGUGGGAAAAUAUAUGAUCGAGCGAAUUCUUCUUUUCUUUUCGAUUUGAAUGAGCAGUAUGUUCUUGAUGCUUAUCGGAAAGGAGACAAGUUGAAAUUUGCAAACCACUCAUCAAAUCCCAAUUGCUAUGCAAAGGUGAUUUUGGUUGCUGGAGAUCAUCGAGUUGGCAUAUUCGCCAAGGAAUACAUUGAUGCCAGUGAGGAGCUCUUCUAUGAUUAUUGUUAUGGUGUAGAUCAAGCUCCUCCAUGGGCUCGUAAACCUGAGGGUUCCAAGAGAGAUGAAUCAGCAGUUCCACAAGGUAGAGCAAAGAAACACCAAUCCCAUUGAUGAGCCAUGGCAAUGUCCAGCUUGUACAAACUCGUGGUUUCUACUGCCAGAGACAAACUUGUGACAUCUCAUGGGAAAGAUUCAAGCAACUGUUACUGAAAAAAGAAACUAAUAAUUGAUUUGUAGAUGCUAAUAUGCCUUAAAUUAUGGGUAGGGUACAGUUAGAUAAUAAAAUGGGAAAGAGAUGAAGUACAUCAAUGUUGAGGGCAAUACGCUAGAAAUUAGCAUAGCAGUUGGUAACCUGAGUAUAAAAUCCAUCCUUUUGGAUGCCCGGCAUAUUUAUUCUGCAAGCAAGCAUGUGUGCUUAUUUGGCAUAGUUUUUUCAUGAAUAAGAUAAAUUUUCCAUUUUUCUUAAUA